UUUCUUCUGUGUCCUAUGUCAUGAUGUCCUGAGCCACACUCCAUCAGAGCGGACUAAGAACCUAAGCUUUUUUUCUAACUGAGCAGGUCCCCAAUUCUAGAACACAAUGUCGCUAAGAGAUGCAGAUAAGUACCUUUAUGUGGACAAAAACAUCAUUAAUAACCCCCUGACUCAGGCUGACUGGGCAGCUAAGAAGCUGGUAUGGGUUCCCUCGGAGAAGAAUGGGUUUGAGGCAGCUAGCCUGAAGGAGGAAGUAGGAGAUGAGGCCAUUGUGGAACUGGCAGAGAAUGGGAAGAAAGUGAAAGUAAAUAAGGAUGACAUCCAGAAGAUGAACCCCCCCAAAUUCUCUAAAGUGGAAGAUAUGGCAGAGCUGACAUGCCUGAAUGAGGCUUCUGUGCUUCACAACUUGAAGGAGAGAUACUACUCAGGACUGAUCUAUACCUACUCAGGCCUGUUCUGCGUGGUAAUCAAUCCUUACAAGAACCUGCCCAUAUACUCAGAAGAAAUAGUGGAGAUGUACAAAGGCAAAAAGAGACAUGAGAUGCCCCCUCAUAUCUAUGCCAUCACAGACACAGCCUACAGGAGUAUGAUGCAAGAUCGAGAGGAUCAGUCCAUCCUUUGCACAGGUGAAUCGGGAGCUGGUAAGACAGAGAACACCAAGAAGGUCAUUCAGUAUCUGGCUCACGUUGCUUCCUCACACAAGUCUAAAAAAGACCAGGGAGAACUGGAGAGACAGUUGCUCCAGGCUAAUCCCAUCCUGGAGGCCUUUGGAAAUGCCAAGACAGUAAAGAAUGACAACUCCUCAAGAUUUGGCAAGUUCAUCAGAAUCAACUUUGAUGUCAACGGCUACAUUGUUGGAGCCAAUAUUGAGACCUAUCUGCUGGAGAAGUCGCGUGCAAUUCGUCAAGCCAAAGAGGAGAGAACCUUCCACAUCUUCUACUACCUGCUCUCUGGGGCAGGCGAGCAUUUGAAGACUGAUCUGCUGCUGGAGCCUUACAACAAAUAUCGCUUCCUUUCCAAUGGGCAUGUUACAAUCCCGGGUCAGCAAGACAAAGAUAUGUUUCAGGAGACCAUGGAGGCAAUGAAGAUCAUGGGCAUCCCAGAUGAGGAACAGAUAGGUCUGCUGAAGGUUAUCUCAGGUGUUCUUCAACUUGGCAACAUAGUCUUCAAGAAGGAGCGUAAUACAGACCAAGCCUCUAUGCCAGACAAUACAGCUGCUCAGAAAGUGUCUCACCUUUUGGGUAUCAAUGUGACUGAUUUCACUAGAGGUAUCCUGACUCCUCGCAUCAAAGUUGGGCGAGACUAUGUCCAGAAAGCUCAGACCAAAGAGCAGGCUGACUUUGCCAUUGAAGCACUGGCUAAAGCCACUUAUGAACGUAUGUUCCGGUGGCUGGUUAUGCGUAUCAACAAGGCAUUGGAUAAGACCAAGCGACAGGGUGCAUCCUUCAUUGGAAUCCUUGACAUUGCCGGCUUUGAGAUUUUUGAGCUGAACUCCUUUGAGCAGUUGUGUAUUAACUACACAAAUGAAAAGUUGCAGCAGCUCUUUAACCACACCAUGUUCAUUCUGGAGCAAGAGGAGUACCAGAGGGAGGGCAUAGAGUGGAAUUUCAUUGACUUUGGCCUGGAUCUGCAGCCCUGCAUUGACCUCAUAGAGAAGCCGGCUGGGCCUCCUGGUAUACUGGCCCUGCUGGAUGAAGAGUGCUGGUUCCCAAAAGCAACAGACAAAAGCUUUGUGGAAAAAGUUGUACAAGAACAAGGCACCCACCCCAAAUUUCAGAAGCCAAAACAGCUGAAAGACAAAGCUGAUUUCUGUAUCAUACAUUAUGCUGGCAAGGUGGAUUAUAAAGCAGAUGAAUGGCUGAUGAAGAACAUGGAUCCGCUGAAUGAUAACAUUGCUACUCUUCUCCACCAGUCAUCGGAUAAGUUUGUGUCUGAGCUGUGGAAAGAUGUUGACCGUAUUGUUGGGCUGGAUCAGGUAGCUGGUAUGUCAGAUACAGCAUUGCCAGGGGCCUUUAAAACCAGGAAGGGUAUGUUCCGAACAGUGGGACAGCUCUAUAAAGAACAGCUGGCUAAGCUGAUGGCUACCUUGAGGAACACCAACCCCAACUUCGUCCGUUGUAUUAUCCCCAACCAUGAGAAAAAGGCUGGAAAACUAGAUCCCCACUUGGUCCUCGACCAGCUUCGCUGUAAUGGAGUGCUGGAGGGAAUCCGUAUUUGCCGUCAAGGUUUCCCCAACAGAGUUGUAUUCCAGGAAUUCAGACAAAGAUAUGAAAUCUUAACUCCAAAUGCAAUUCCCAAAGGAUUUAUGGAUGGAAAGCAGGCUUGUGUGCUGAUGAUCAAAGCACUGGAGCUGGAUUCCAACCUUUAUCGAAUUGGACAGAGUAAAGUGUUUUUCAGAGCUGGAGUCCUUGCUCAUCUUGAAGAAGAGAGAGACCUGAAGAUCACAGAUGUCAUUAUUGGCUUUCAAGCAUGCUGCAGAGGCUACCUGGCCAGAAAAGCCUUUGCCAAGCGCCAGCAGCAAUUGACAGCCAUGAAAGUGCUUCAGAGGAACUGUGCUGCCUAUUUGAAACUGCGGAACUGGCAAUGGUGGAGGUUGUUCACCAAGGUGAAGCCCCUUCUGCAAGUAAGCAGACAGGAAGAGGAAAUGAUGGCCAAGGAAGAAGAACUAAUAAAGGUCAAGGAGAAGCAGCUAGCUGCAGAAAACAGACUGAGUGAGAUGGAGACCUUCCAGGCCCAGCUAAUGGCAGAGAAGAUGCAGCUGCAGGAACAGUUGCAAGCAGAAACUGAACUCUGUGCUGAAGCUGAGGAGAUAAGAGCCCGCCUGACAGCCAAGAAACAAGAACUGGAGGAGAUAUGUCAUGACCUGGAAGCAAGGGUGGAGGAAGAGGAAGAACGGUGUCAACAUCUGCAGGCUGAAAAGAAGAAAAUGCAGCAGAACAUCCAGGAACUAGAGGAGCAGCUUGAAGAAGAGGAAAGCGCAAGGCAGAAGCUGCAGCUAGAAAAAGUGACCACAGAGGCCAAAUUGAAGAAACUGGAAGAAGAUGUGAUAGUUCUGGAAGAUCAUAAUCUCAAAUUGGCUAAGGAAAAGAAACUGUUGGAAGACAGAAUGUCUGAAUUUACAACGAACCUGACAGAAGAAGAGGAGAAAUCUAAGAGUUUAGCCAAACUCAAGAAUAAGCAUGAGGCCAUGAUCACAGACCUUGAAGAACGUCUGCGACGUGAAGAAAAGCAGAGGCAAGAAUUGGAAAAGACUCGUCGAAAGCUUGAAGGGGACUCCAGUGAUCUGCAUGACCAGAUUGCUGAGCUGCAGGCUCAGAUUGCAGAACUCAAAAUGCAGCUGGCCAAGAAGGAAGAGGAGCUGCAGGCAGCCUUAGCUAGGGUAGAAGAAGAGGCAGCUCAGAAGAACAUGGCCCUGAAAAAGAUCAGGGAACUCGAAUCCCAGAUCACUGAGCUGCAGGAAGACCUGGAGUCAGAGAGAGCAUUCAGGAAUAAAGCUGAAAAACAGAAGCGGGAUCUGGGAGAAGAGCUGGAAGCAUUGAAAACAGAGCUAGAAGACACGCUAGAUUCUACAGCUGCUCAGCAAGAGCUCAGGUCAAAGAGAGAACAAGAAGUAACGGUUUUGAAGAAGACCCUUGAAGAUGAGGCGAAGACUCAUGAGGCUCAAAUCCAAGAGAUGAGGCAGAAACAUUCACAAGCUAUUGAAGAGCUGGCAGAGCAGUUAGAACAAACCAAACGGGUGAAAGCAAAUCUUGAAAAAGCAAAACAAGCUCUGGAAAGUGAGAGGGCUGAACUGUCCAAUGAGGUGAAGGUUCUUCUGCAGGGCAAAGGGGAUGCUGAGCACAAGCGGAAAAAAGUAGAUGCUCAGUUCCAAGAACUGCAGGUGAAAUUUACAGAAGGUGAAAGAGUGAAGACCGAACUGGCUGAGAGGGUUAACAAAUUGCAGGUCGAGUUGGACAAUGUCACAGGUCUUUUGAACCAGUCUGACAGCAAAUCAAUCAAAUUAGCAAAGGACUUCUCUGCCCUGGAAUCACAGCUUCAGGAUACACAGGAGCUGCUGCAGGAGGAGACUCGCCUAAAACUGAGCCUCAGCACAAAGCUGAAGCAAAUGGAGGAUGAGAAGAACAGUUUCAAAGAGCAACUGGAAGAAGAAGAGGAGACAAAGAGAAACCUGGAGAAACAGAUCUCUAUUCUUCAGCAACAGGCAAUAGAUGCAAAGAAGAAGAUGGAUGAUGGUCUGGGCUGCCUUGAGUCAGCAGAGGAAGCCAGGAAGAAGCUGCAGAAGGACUGGGAGGGCUUGAGCCAGCGUUAUGAAGAGAAGACAGCUGCAUAUGACAAGCUGGAAAAAACAAAGACCCGUCUGCAGCAAGAGCUGGAUGACCUCACCGUGGACCUGGAUCAUCAGCGGCAGACAGUUUCCAACCUGGAGAAGAAGCAGAAGAAGUUUGAUCAGCUAUUGGCAGAGGAGAAGAACAUCUCUGCCAAGUACGCAGAAGAACGGGACCGUGCUGAGGCAGAAGCCCGUGAGAAGGAGACUAAGGCACUCUCCCUGGCCAGAGCCCUGGAAGAAGCCAUAGAGCAGAAAGCUGAGCUGGAACGAAUUAAUAAGCAGUUCCGUGCAGAGAUGGAAGACCUGAUGAGCUCAAAGGAUGAUGUUGGGAAAAGUGUCCAUGAGCUGGAGAAGGCUAAGCGAGCCCUGGAGCAGCAGGUGGAGGAGAUGAAGACACAGCUGGAAGAGCUGGAGGAUGAACUGCAGGCCACAGAGGAUGCCAAACUGCGGCUAGAAGUGAACCAACAGGCCAUGAAGGCACAGUUUGACCGGGACCUCCAGGGUCGUGAUGAACAGAAUGAAGAGAAGAAGAAACAGCUGAUUAGACAAGUGCGGGAGAUGGAGGUGGAAUUGGAAGAUGAACGAAAACAGCGCUCCAUUGCUGUGGCUGCCAGGAAGAAGCUAGAGAUGGAUCUGAAGGAUUUGGAAAGCCAUAUAGACACCGCUAACAAGAACCGUGAAGAAGCCAUCAAGCAGCUCCGCAAACUGCAGGCACAAAUGAAGGAUUACAUGCGGGAGCUGGAGGACACACGUACUUCCAGAGAAGAGAUCUUGGCACAGGCCAAAGAAAAUGAGAAGAAGUUGAAGAGCAUGGAGGCAGAGAUGAUCCAAUUGCAGGAGGAACUUGCAGCCGCUGAGCGUGCCAAGCGCCAGGCCCAGCAAGAAAGGGAUGAGCUGGCUGAUGAGAUUGCCAACAACAGUGGUAAAGGAGCACUGGCCAUGGAGGAAAAGAGACGCCUGGAGGCCCGGAUAGCUCAGCUGGAGGAGGAGUUAGAAGAAGAACAGGGCAACACAGAGAUAAUCAAUGACCGGCUCAAGAAGGCAAAUCUUCAGAUUGAUCAGAUGAAUGCCGACCUGAAUGCUGAGCGUAGCAACGCACAGAAGAAUGAGAACGCUCGCCAGCAGAUGGAGCGCCAGAACAAGGAGCUUAAGCUUAAACUGCAGGAGAUGGAGAGUGCAGUGAAGUCCAAGUACAAGGCUACCAUCACGGCCUUGGAAGCAAAGAUAGCGCAGCUGGAAGAGCAGUUGGACAUGGAGACAAAGGAGCGCCAGGCUGCCAGCAAGCAGGUGCGCCGUGCCGAGAAGAAGCUGAAAGAUAUCUUGCUGCAGGUGGAUGAUGAGAGGCGUAAUGCUGAGCAAUUCAAAGAUCAGGCGGACAAGGCAAACAUGCGCUUGAAGCAGCUGAAACGCCAGCUUGAGGAAGCAGAAGAGGAGGCCCAGCGAGCCAAUGCAUCCCGUAGGAAGCUCCAGCGUGAGCUGGAGGAUGCCACUGAAACAGCUGAUGCCAUGAAUAGAGAAGUCAGCUCCCUGAAGAGCAAACUCAGGCGCGGGGACCUGCCGUUUGUCAUGACACGUCGAAUUGUCAGGAAGGGUGCAGGAGAGUGCUCCGACGAGGAAGUGGACGGCAAGGCAGAUGCUGGUGAUGCCAAAGCUACUGAAUAAGUCCUCCCAUUUGACCCAGGUUACACCUGAUGGAGUGACCCAUCCACCCUCCCCUCUUCCAUUGGACUUUCAGCAAACCCUCUCCUCCUGAACUGGCUGGGGAUCUGCAGAGCAAGCCCAGCUCUGUGUGUCUGGAGCUAUCGGGCAUCUGUGUUCCUAGUUUCCUCCUCUUUCCAGUUUCCUAAUCCUCUUUGUAUUUAAUGCCAAAGAGUCAGGGCUCUGAAAUCUGACCAGCAGUUUGGCCACUACAAAGGCCUAUAGAACUGUCCGUGCCACGUCUGCUGGUGAAU